UACCAAGGAUCAGCCCAAGACUUGGAUCUCAACCGUCCGAAGCAUCCAACGCACCAAACAGAACCGAAAUUGCCACCCAGGAUUUUCCCAUUCGCGCCGAAAACUUUUGGGCCACACGCGCCGAAAACUUUUGGACCGACCCAACAAAGCUGACCCCGACCCGCGCCGGCCAGACCACUCCAAACCCUAGAUCCCGUCCAGACCUCAUGUCCAUGUUCCUUCCGCCGCCGCUGCUCUCCGGCCUAGAUCCCGGCCAACUCCUCCUCGCCCUCGUCGCCACCAUCCCAAACCCUAGCCCGCCGCGGCGCUCCCCUUCCCCAUCCACCGAAUGUCCAUGGCGGCCUCACUUCUCACUGCCGCGCCAUCCCUUCUCUCGUCGGCAUCGCGGAGACGGAGGCCCUUCCUCGCGGCCCCUACGCCUUCUCUCCGCCUGAGGGUUCUCGCUUCUUCGCCGCUCGCGCGAGAGUCUCGCGCCGCGUGCACGGUGGCGCUGGCGCGAGGCGGGGGCGAGGCGACGGAAGAAGAGCGGGACCAGGCGCCCGAUUGGCGCGCUCCCGCGGCGCGGGCUGGUGCUGGGCGCGCUCAUCGGCUCCGCGGCGCUGCUCGGCUGCGGCGCGGCCUGGCGGCGGCGGCGGAGGACUCCAUCGGGGCAUCCGGGUUCGGGCUGCGGGUCGGCGCGUCGCUGCGGAGGCUCGGGUGGCCCGACGACGCCGUCGUCUUCACGCUCGCCACGCUGCCCGUGCUCGAGCUGCGGGGCGCCAUCCCGGCCGGGUACUGGAUGCGGCUCCACCCCGUCCGCCUCACCGUCCUAGCCGUUCUCGGGCCAAUGAGAACCUGACCAGAAAAUAAAACGACAAUGCAUUGCACCUUGUGCAUACAUUUUCGCUGUUGACAGUUCACCUCACGGAAAGAAGAAGCAAACCAAGGAAUUGUUUCCCCCAAAUGAGCCAUCGCCUUUGAUCAGGAUGGAUACUUGGCCGAGCUGGAGAAGCUGCAGGGGCAGACCGAUGCGGAGAAUACCCAGCACACGGAGUUUGGUGCAUGGUGGCCAGCGACAAGCUCAGUGAGCAGGGAUGUCGGUCUGCGAGCAAGAGCACGGAGCACCGACAUGUGAUGAUUGGGGUUCACCCAAACCCACGGGUGGAUAGUUGGGAUACUGCUGGUGCGAUGCUGUUGCUCCAUGAUAUUAAUAUGAAUAUGAAUCUGUUGUCUGUAUGGUACUGCUGGUCUUGCGAUGGAUGUUUUCUGUAUGAUAUGAAUAUGAAUCUGUUGU